GCAAACUGUAACAACCCUGAAGACCGCAUCAUUUUGUUGUCAUUUCACUUUCGUUGAUGAUGACGAAGGCGCUUCUGCACUUACAACUCAUGCCUAGACCCCCACUCCAGCAACCCACCAAGAACAACCGUGACGCAUGGCGAUGACAAAGGAGUGCUGUGGCGUGGAGCGCGUUGAAGACGUGGAGGUUGUGUUGGACGAGAUGCUGCGCGUGGUGCAUGCGUCCUUCGAUGCGUUUGUGGCCCCGGAUUUCAGUGAGGAAGGCAAGGCCAACUUUCGAGCGCACGCCACGCGCGACGAGAUGCUGACCCGAAAGGAUACGCACGACUGGUUUGUGGCACGGGACCCCAUCACGAAGGAGCUGGCUGCGGUUGUGGAGGUGCGCGAGAGGCGCCACGUCUCCAAGUUCUUCACCCAUCCGUCGCACCAACGCAAAGGGUACGGGCGAGCACUCAUGCAGGCAGCAUUCGAGCUGUGUGCAGAACACGCACGACAGCAGCGCCAGCGCAAGCAAGCGACUGCGUUGGAGCAACAGGCUCAGUCACACAAAACAGACGCAGCAAGGGCAGCCACGACUCCGACAACGGUCAAGGAGGCAGACAAGGAGGGGCAAAGCGGAAGGCUUGGACACAACGAGGAGGACGACUGCCUUUGCCUUUCUUCUGCACAAGUGACGCAUGUCACAGUGUGUUCCUCGCCCUACGCUGUGCAGGUGUAUUCGAGGCUGGGGUUCGUUGCCACUGAUGAAGAGCAGACCGAACACGGCAUGCGGUUCGUCCCAAUGCAAGCAACCCUCGAAUUAUAGACGUGUGGCGGGAGACGUGCGUGUGUGAGUGCAGUGUCGUGUUGGGUGUGUGGUGUCUGGUGUGGGUUUCUGUUUGUUCUCAGGUCCAAUGAAGGAUCGCGUUUUUGAGCGUCACAGGUUGCUUCUUGCCAUUGCCUGCCAUCUUGCAUGUACUUGAGAAUGAAUAAACGCGUGUAAAGGA